AUGUUUAUCUUCCUUAGCAAGAAGAUCGCCAUCCCCAAUAAUGUCAAGUUGCGAUGCGCAUCAUGGAACACGGAGCAGGGUUGGAUCGCUUGCGGUGGGCAGCACGGCCUGCUCAAAGUUUUGCGUCUCGAGUCAGCCGCACAGACCGAUGGCAAAGGCCCACGCGGUAUCGCAGCCGCUAGCAAUCUCACCAUGAACCAGUCGCUUGAAGGCCACAACAACGCCGUCGUCUGUGCUACAUGGAACGCCAACUUUAAGAAGCUCACGACAAGUGACGAGAACGGACUCAUCAUCGUGUGGGUUCUACACCGUGGGAUGUGGUACGAAGAGAUGAUCAACAACCGCAACAAGAGCGUCGUGCGCGAUAUGAAGUGGACGACCGACGGUCAAAAGAUCUGCAUCGCCUACGAGGACGGCGCUGUGAUCGUCGGCUCUGUCGACGGCAAUCGUCUCUGGGGUAAAGAGAUGAAGACCCAAUUGGCCUUUGUAGAGUGGUCACCUGACGGCAAGUCGCUGUUAUUUGUAACCAAAGACGGUGAAGUAGCAGUACACGACGGUAUGGGUAACAAAGUGAGCAACUUAACACUGUACGCCGUGGAAUCCCGCGGUGGUGGCAACGACUACAAGAUUAUCGGUGUCCAUUGGUACGACGGUAUUGAGGGACAUAUCAGUCCAGAGGCCCCCACGUUAGCCAUCGCCUUCCGUGACGGUAAAGUGCAGAUCACUCGAGGAAGAUUCGAUGAGAAUGCCGUUCUGAUCGACACGGGGAUGGAAUUAACUCAGGUGAGAUGGAACAACGACGGCAGCGUCAUUGCUCUGGCAGGGACGCAAGUCGACACCUCUGCGUCAAAAAGUGACGCGUCGAAAGAGUUCAACGUCGUCCAGUUCUACGACCCGUUUGGACGUCAUCUACGCUCGCUUCGCGUACCGGGGAGUCGAAUCGAAGCGUUGGCAUGGGAAGGAACAGGUCUACGCAUCUGUCUAGCGGUCGAUUCACACAUCUACUUUGCCAACAUCCGUCCAGCGUACAAGUGGGGGUUCUAUGCGAACACACUGGUGUACACGUACAACCGCGCAGAUCAGAUCGAGAACUGCGUCGUCUUCUGGGACACUAAGUCGGACGAACGCUGUACCAAGUAUAUUCGUGGUCUUCUAGCGAUCAAAGCUGCAGGGGACAACUGUGUGCUGGUGACCAAGAUAUACAACGAAGAUAUGGGCACAGGCGAAGUCAAUGGACAGCUGGUGGACGAUGAACAAGGCGUGUUCAAGGAAGUCCAGUACCAACUGAUCCUCUGCGACACAAUCGGCUCUCCAAUCGAGUCCAAGAUCAUCGACUUCGAGCCGCUGUUUGUGUCCAUGACGUCUCGUCACAUCGUGGCAGCUUCGACGGAUGCGAUUUACGUGUGGCAGUACAAGAAUUCUAGCGCCAAAUUGACUGGUUUGGUGUCUGGUAAUGGCUCGAGCCACGACGCGAUGGAUAUCAGUACGAUCUCGCAGUUAUUACAGCGAGGAGGCCGAGAGAAGGCAUUCUACAUCGACGAGACACAAGGCAACGACGUGGAGCACUUUCGAUACGUUUCUCGGCAGCUAGAAGACCCCAUCUGCGCCAUCUGCGCGUCGGAUAGCUGGAUCUUUGCAGCCAGAGCAAGUGGCUUGAUCCACUGCUUCACGUUGCCUCAUAUUUCGCUGGAGAUGAAGUACAUUGUCAACUGCCGUCCGCAGUUCCUUGCUCUUAACUGCAACUCGACGUUGCUGAGUGUGAUCGAUAUCAACGGGCUGUUGACCAUCAUGGAGGUCGGUGCGGCUGGAAGUUUAAACACUACACAAGGCAAGAUGUUAAACUUUGAGAAGAAAGACGCAUGGGACGUCGUGUGGGCUGAAGACAACCCGGAGCUAUUCGUGAUGAUGGAGAAGGCUCGAAUGUACGUGUAUCGCGGUCUCGAGCCUGAAGAACCAGUCGCGUCUUCUGGAUAUCUCUGCUACUACAAGGACCUACAGGUGAAGGCUGCACUCCUGGACGAGAUCCUUGCCAACCCGGAACAACCAGACAAGAACAUGGUGAUAGAGUUCCAGACCCGAUCACUGCGAGAUGCCAAGGCGUUGCUGGACAACGUGGGGCUUGCUGAAGCCUGCGAGUACAUACAGGACCACCCACACCCUCGACUCUGGUCUCUACUGGCCGAAGCUGCACUGGAUCAACUAGACUUCGGCAUGGCCGAGCGUGGCUUCGUCAAGUGUGGAGACUACAGCGGCAUCCAGUACGUCAAGAGAUUGCAACUACUCAACGAUCGAGUCAAGCAGAAAGCGGAAGUCGCAGCGUAUUUCCAGAAUUUUGACGAAGCCGAGGCGCUGUAUCGUAAAAUCGACCGUAAAGAUCUGGCUAUCGAUCUCCGUCAGCGACUUGGCGACUGGUUUCGCGUCGUUCAGCUUGUUCAAUCAGGUGGGGGCAACGACGACUUGCUGACUCAUGCGUGGAAUAUGAUCGGAGAGUACUUUUCUGACCGUCACAAGUGGGAGAAGGCUAUCAAAUACUACGCCCAGGCGAAAAACACUAAUGCACUGGCGCAAUGCUACUACGCAAUGGGAGAUUUCAACCAGUUAGAAGCGCUGGUGAACGACAUUCCAGAGACUUCUCCACUACUGAAAGAGAUGGCCAUUAAGUUCACACGAGCUGGACUUUGUCAGUCUGCUGUUGAGACGUAUGUUCGUAUGGGGGAUGUCAAGUCUGCCAUCGACUCCUGUGUCCUCUUGAACGAAUGGGAACGCGCUGUGGGUCUCGCGGAACAAUACAACUUUCCUCAGAUCGAGAAUGUCCUUACCAAGUACGCAAAUCACCUCAUGAUGAACGGGAAAACUCUACAAGCCAUCGAGUUAUACCGACGUGCAAACAAAAGCACGGAAGCUGCGAAGCUACUGGCCAAAUUAGCGAAAGAAGUGGCGAAGAACCCUUUACGUGCCAAGAAACUGCACGUGCUAGCAGCGUUCGAGGUGGAGCGGAUGAGGAAGAAGAUGCUGGACGUGUCCAGCUUGACUAGUACAAGAGGCACUACCGCAGCUCAAGUGACUGCGCAGACGCUGGAGAGUCUGGUGCAACAUGACGCAGCAACAGGAGAGGACCGGUCUCUGGACAAUCCUUGGCGUGGUGCUGAAGCGUAUCACCUCUAUCUUCUCGCUCAUCGUCAGCUGUACGGUGGACGUAUCGACCGAGCUUUACGAACGUGUCUUAAGCUAUCGGCCUACGAGGAUAUUUUGGAAGAGCGGGAGAUCUACUCACUCAUCGCCCUCACAGCGUUCUAUACGAAACACUACGAACAAUGCUCCAAGGCGUUUGUCAAGCUCGAGACGCUCCCCGGUUUGGACGACAAGGAGCUACAGGCGAUGAGUGAACUUGCUCUCAAGAUCUUCACUACCACGCGGACGGAGCAUCAAGACCCGACCAUGCGUCCACAAGAGUGUCCCAAUUGUCGUUGCCAAGUCAAGGAAUGGGACGCUCGUUGUGGCAAUUGUAGUCGUCCAUUCCCGACGUGUAUGAUGACGGGCAUGUCGAUCCAGACUCAAAGCACCAAAAUGUGCAAAGCGUGUCGCCACGUGAGCAUCGAAGCCGAAAUUCGUGACCAGAAGAACUGCCCGCUAUGCCACACGCCAUUCUCAUUCAUGUAUGACGAGGACAUCGAGGAAGACACUGGGUUAACAGAGAACCAGAACCGUCUUUUGUACUUGAUCUCGAUGUACUCGAAGCCUGCUGUCCGCGCUUCGGACAAGGAGGAGUGGAUUCGUAAGCCAGCUCUGCUAGUGUUGCUGUACGAAGCGAUCGUGUCCAAGGCACUGGAUUAUGACUAUGCGCCGUCUUCUGAACUAGUGGAGAACAAGCGCAAGUACUUCAACAUCUCACAAGAAGGAAAGUCCGAUCUCGAUUUCUUACGUGAAGAAGACUUGGUCAACGGACUCAAACUUUCGUCCAAAAGCUACCAGCCUGUGACUUGCUUUCAAAUUUCCGAAAAGGGAUUGGAAAUUGUGGCGAAAAUCAGCAAGACCGACAAAUUAGCCGUCAACGACAUGGCGUACGCUCCCGGAACGCUGCAUUUGCUACGAGUAGAAUGGGAUGGAGAAGAGUAUUGGCUUGUGGAUGACGAAAGUGGGUAUCGACGACUCUCGUCAGUGACAGAGACGGAGGAUGUAUCAUACGUCUCCAGUGCUUAUAUCCCUCAAUGUCUACGCUUCGGAGGUCGACCAACGCUUAGUAACGCACAUCGAGCUCACGAAUGUGGCGUGAGCGAUUCCAGUAUCCGAGACCAACUGGACGAGAUCAUCACACUAAAUUCGGUGUCCCUCAUAGUAGCCGAGUACAUCCCUUUCGGCUCCAACCAAGUUGUCCAAUUGAAUUGUAAUCUAGGAUCUACCGAGCGCGUACAAGGCGGCUUCUUCACUGCUAUCGUCGACGAUAACGCAAGUGGAACCCAGAUAUCCGUUGACCCCGGGCUCACCUCGAUAAAUAUUUUGGAUUACACGAUGACCAACCACGUCAACUUUGAAGCGGAUAUCCACUUCCCUGAAGCUCCUGGUGUCGUGCAGGUUGAAACCUUUGGAUGUUCGCUUACAGCUGCUGGUUCUUGUUUAUACGGAAUGCAGGUGGAGGCGAUCAUGGAUCGUAUCAAAGACAAUAUUUCACUUGAUCAUCUUUCUCGACUUCUGGUAGAUGUCCACAUGGACUCUUCCAAGAUCGUCGACAGCGUGCUGUCAGCAUACCAACGCUCAUUACUGGAACUUAUCUUUUCAAACCAGGCCGCUAGUCGCAACAAGAUUAAUCUCAUCAUCGCGAACGAGAUUACACCUCAUUUAACCGCAGAGGAGUACAUGGACAAAGGCGAGUACGAGAACGAGUUGAAACAAGUUAUCGGGGAUACUCGUGCUGCAUUCGACAUCAGUGAGCACGAUACCCUCGUGUUUGGAGCACAUGGAUUACUAAUUGCAGGUCCAAAUAGCAGACAUCACGAGCCAUUACUGUGUAGUUUUCUGCAGUACGAGUCCAUGAACUUGUUCACUCAGAACUUCUUCGCUCGAAUGUUUAUCAUCGUCGAUGACAUGGCACAAGUACGUAAACUCAUCGAGACUGCGGAAAAAGAUCCGAACCGCUUACGAGAAAUCCGGGAUCGACUGGCUGCUCUCUCUAGAGAAAUUAUUAUGAUGGAAGAAACGUUGAGUUACUUAAAAGAAUCUCUAGAUGAAGCGAUGGUGCCAGCAGAACCUCCAGAGCAAGCAGGACGCAGCCUCUAUGAGCGACUUCAGCUGGGCAUUCUAAGCAACCAACUCAAGCGUCGAGUGAAAGAUUUGCACAAGAACAUGGGCGGUGCACGUCACGAAUUGGCUGUUUUAAACGAGAUGGCGAGUAUUGUCUCGAGGGAGAAAGAUUUCCAGCAGAACGAGUCUAUACGUAUGAACACACGAACGUUGUGUGAGCUGCAAGAGAUAAACGAGCGCUCUGCAUCGACUCUACUGAUCAUGAAGAUGAUGCUGAGUGGAUUACUGGCGUUUAAUAUCCUGGAUCGAAUCACUGGAGACUGGACAGUUGCCGACCAAGAUUGGAUGAAAGGCUUUGUCGAAGUUAUGCUCUACAAUAACCCGGGGCUGUGGUUCUUUUUCAGUCUCCUCGCGUGGUUAAUUGUAGGCGCUGGUGUGAUCUUUUUGCUAAAAUUUCUUAGCUUUAAGGCGCAAGGCGUUGUGUCUGUCAAAGUGGAACGAAAAGCUUCCAUACAGCUUAAGAAUCUCUCCAGUUACUUACGGAACAAGAUCCUGGAUAAUGAAACGCACCACUACGAAGGCGGGAUUCGUAUCGCUAAAGUGGUAUGGAAGGAAAAGGACAAGAAGGAGUGGGGUGGUACCGUUCCUACCAUUGAGCUGGAAUACGAUGAAGAGAACGCGUUCAUGUUACGACUAGCAAUAUCGUACAACAAGCGUCAAGCUGCGAAGGCUCUUGCUUUCAAUGCAGACGAGCUCUACACUCGGUUAAUGCAGGAGAUGGACAAGGCUCGCAUCUUCGUUGACGCCGACAGUAGUGCUUCCACACAAGUGUCGACCUCAACAGGUGCAGCUGUGCCAUCUUCCAAGACAUCAACCAACAAGGAAGAAACCACCUUACCGCCCACAGCACCCAACUAA